GUGCGCGGUGUAAACUUCCGGCUGGUUGUUUAUUCUGUGACGCGCCGCGGCGGUUCGGCUCGUUCCGGAGGUUCUGCCGGUGUUUCGGUUCCGCGAUGGCGGCGCUUCACCCCGGGGAUCCGCAGCUGGUGUCGGCGAUCGUGAAUCACCUGAAGACGGAGGGUCUGUUCGAUCAGUUCCGGAGAGACUGUCUGGCGGACGUGGAUACAAAGCCGGCGUAUUUGCACUUACGACAGCGAGUCGACAACUUUGUGUCCAACCAUCUGGCAAACCACACAUGGAGCCCACAGCUGAACAAGAACCAGCUGAGAAACAGCAUCAGACAGCUGGUCCUGCAGUCCGGGAUGCUGGAGCAGGGAGUGGACAGGAUCGUGGCUCAGGUCGUUGAUCCAAAGGUCCAUCACACCUUUCGGCCGCAGGUGGAGCGCAUCGUCCGGAAGUUUCUGUCUCCAAACAGCCACAUGGAGGAGGAUGAAUUUCCUCCUGUAGCUCCGCCCCUUCCUGCAGAAAACCAGGAAGCUGAGCUGCUGACCGCAGACGACGGAGAUGAUGCCGCUCCAGCUGGGAGCUCCAGUGCUGAUGUCCAGAUCCCAGAGACCAGCGGCACUGACCACGAUCACAGAGAGGAGGAGAUGGACAUCAGCCUCACCGAGGAGGAGCAGCUCGCCGCAGAGACGAAGGAGGAGCCGGAGGAGCAGCAGCCUGUGAAAGAGGAAGAGGAAGAGGAAGAGGAGGAGAAGGAAGCAGAGAUGGAGGUGGAGACGGAGGAGGUGAAGGACGAGGGAGACGCAGGGAACAGCAGUAAAUCCUCAGGGAAGAUCCGAGAGGAGAACCGCGACUCUGACUCCCAGAAACCCUCCAGCGUCAAACAGAAGACCAGAGAGCGACUGAGAGAAGAGUACUCACUGGAGGACUCUGAUCUGGACGGUCUCAGCGACAUCACCGUGAGCUCGGUCCACACCAGCGAUCUGUCCUCGUUUGAGGGAGACAGCGAAGAGGACGCGCCGUCUGAGUCCACCGAGGAGGGAGAGAUCAGCUCUGAGGCUGAGGGGGGGCGGAAGACGCCGUCCGGUGAAGACUCUGAGGGCAGUCGGGAGAAGAAGCCUCGCGGCGUGAGACAGGGAUACGUGCACAAACCCUUCCUGUACUCGCGCUACUACAGCGACUCUGAUGACGAGGUGACGGUGGAGCAGCGCAGACGCUCUGUGGCCAAAGACAAAGAGGAGCGUCUGUUGAAGCGGCAGCAGAACCGCGAGCGAAUGGAGGAGAAACGCAGACUGAGAGCAGCUCAGAACGAAGAACAGGAUCGGAAGAAACAGGCGAGUCUGUCUGCGGAUCAGAGACCUCGAGCCAAAGAGGCUCGAAAAGAGAAGAAGUUCCUUGAGAAGAAAGUGGCUCUGAGCAGACAGAGAAAGAGAGACUCCAGAAAAGAGGAUGAGAGGAAGAAAAGUGAUACUGAAGGUGAUUCAGUCAACAAAGAUGUGAAGCCCGCGGGUCUGAAGUCAGUGCGACGGCCGUCUGAUCUGGAGGAGCAGCGCAGAAAGAAGACAGACAGCGAGGAGAAACUCCCUGACAAAAACCGCGUUCACUCCUUCAUCCUGGACCUGGAGCUGGGAACAGAAGAACGCCGGAAAACCGUUCGGAAAGACUCGCUUUCCAAAGAAAAGGAGCGCAAAGAGAAGGAGAAAGAGCGCGGUGUCCCUGACGAACGACUCAAGCUCAAACUCAAGACGGAGAGCAGGAAGAGCGGAGACGCCACGGCCGACGAGAAAGACGGAGGCACUGCCAAAGGAGCAGCUGACGAGAAGAAGGGGUCAAAGGUCAAACCAGACAGGAAGAGUUCCGUGUCUUCCCGAGAAGGCAAGACAAGUGUGUCUGAAGCUGCGGAUGAAGGGAACCUAAAGAAAGGAAAGACGGCUGUGAACGAGAAGGAGAAACCGAAGCCAAGCGUCAAGGGCGACUCGAAGCUGCUCCGGCGUCUGGACUCCACCGGCUCCUCAGAGGAGAGGUCAGAGGUCGAGACGGGUUCAGAGGUCAGCCGGAAGAAAGACAAGCAGCCUAAAGAGAUUCCCAAGAGGUCCAAGAGUCACCCGGAGGCUAAAGUGGGAGAGAAGCCUAAGGUGCGGACGGAUAGAAAGGAUUCGUCUGCGGACAAGCCUCAUCCGCAGAAAUCCGGCUCAGAAACCGAAGGACCAAAGGUCAAAUCCCCAACGGAGAAGCACAAGUCUAAAUCCCAGAAUCCCAAAUCAGAGAAAAAAAUAGAAGCCAAGACUAAACCAGGAACCGCAGAACAGAAAAAAGACGACAAGAAAGCCACAGAGGAGAAAACGAAGGACGCAAAGGUUGCAAAGAAAUCGUCUGAGAAGAAGGUGCAGAAAGAUUCAGACAGGAAGUCGGGAGGGAAGGAGAACCCGCUGGAAACCGUCUCCAGUAGCACAGCUUUACCAGACGACCCUUACGCCGCCCUGAGCGAUGUCACUCCCGAAUCUGAGGACGAGGAGGCGGUGCUUAAAGAGCCCUGCCCACUGUCUGCAGAAGCCGACGCCCUCUUGAGUCUGAUGGACGUCCGCACCUCGGAGCUCGCUGUGCAGCAAGAAACGGAGGCUGAUAGGAAGAUGAAGGAAGCGGCGCUUACGCUGCUCUCCAUGGAUCCGGAUAUCACGCGCUCCUCGGCUCUCACAGCCGCAGGUUCUCAGAUCGCAGUGGAGACGCUUCCUGUAGGCACUGAGGACACAGGAAGUGUGAAGGAGUACUCUGAGACCGAGUCUGCCGUAAUCACUACAUCUGCCGGCGCAGCGGAGCCCAUGGAGACGGAGGCUCUCGGGUCACAGGAAGUGACAUCAGAGGCUGGUGAUGAGCCGACGGAUGAGAGAGACACACAAAUGCGUACAGCAGACGCAGCUGAAUCUACGCAGACUCUCAACGCAGACGCAGCUGAAUUUACACCUGCGACCAAUGCAGACGCAGCUCAGCCCACGCAGACACUCAACGCAGACACGGCUGAAUUUGUGCCGGCGAUCACUGAAGAUGUAGCUGAGCCUAUGCAGAUCCUAACUGCAGAUGCAGUCGAGUCCACGCAGACCCUCACAGCAGAUGCUACAGAGUUUGUGCAGCCUCUCAAUGUAGAUUCAGAUGAGUCAACUCAGACCUUCACUGCAGAGUCCACUUUGACAGUCAGGACAGAUGCAGCUGAGCUGGCACAGACCCCCACUGCAGAUGCAGUCGAGCCAAUGCUGUCUGGCAUUGCAGACGCUGCUGAGAGAGUGCAGACCCUUACUGCAGACAUGACUGAGCCACCUGCACAGACCCUCACUGAAGAUGCAGCUGAACCCACGCCAGCAGUCACUCCAGACGCAGCCGAGUCUGCACAGCCCCUCAGUGCAGACACAAAAGAGACGGAUACAGAUGAGCCUGUGCAGACCCUCUCGGAAAACGCAGCAGAACCUGCACCGAGAGUCACUGCAGACGCAGCCGAUCCUGCGCAGACCCUCACAAAAGAGACUGAAACUGAUGAGCCUGUGCAGACCCUUACAGCAGACACAGCUGAGUCUGUGCAGACCCUCACCAUAGAUACAGUGGAGCCUGCGCAGACCCUCACUGCAGACGAUCCUGCGCAGACCCUCACUGCAGACAUAAAGGACACGGAUACAGAUGAGUCUGCGCAGACCCUCACCACCGAUACAACCGAUUCUGCGCAGACCCUUACGAAAGAGACUGAAACUGAUGAGCCUGUGCAGACCCUUACAGCAGACACAGCUGAGUCUGUGCAGACCCUCACCAUAGAUACAGUGGAGCCUGCGCAGACCCUCACUGCAGGCAUGAGCGAUCCUGCGCAGACCCUCACUGCAGACAUAAAGGACACGGAUACAGAUGAGUCUGCGCAGACCCUCACCACCGAUACAACCGAUUCUGCGCAGACCCUUACGAAAGAGACUGAAACUGAUGAGCCUGUGCAGACCCUUACAGCAGACACAGCUGAGUCUGUGCAGACCCUCACCAUAGAUACAGUGGAGCCUGCGCAGACCCUCACUGCAGACGCAGCAGAUCCUGUGCAGACUCUCAUUGCAGACACCGCCGAUCCUGCGCAGACCCUCGCCACAGAUACAGAUGAGCCCGCACAGACCCUUACAGCAGACACAACUGAGUCUGCUCAGACCCUCACCACAGAUACAGCAGACCCUGUGCAGACCCUCACUGCAGACGUAAAGGACAUGGAUACAAAUGAGUCUGCGCAGACCCUCACCACAGAUACAGAGUCUGCGCAGACCCUCACCACAGAUAAAGAGGAGUCUGCGCAGACCCUCACCACAGAUACAGAGGAGUCUGCGCAGACCCUUACCACAAAUACAGAUGAAUCUUACAAAAAGACCCUUACAAAAGACACUGAAACUGAUGAGCCUGUGCAGACCCUUACAGCAGACACAGCUGAGUCUGCGCAGACCCUCACUGCAGACGUAAAGGACACGGAUGCAGCUGAGCAUCUGACGGACUCUACAGACACAGGCGCUUCAUCUGUCUCAGACGAGCAGGAACAGAAGUCAUCAGACGCCUCUGAGACGGUGGAGCAGACGGAGAGCAGCACGCGGAGAGGACGAUCAUCUGCUCAGAGGACAGCAAAUCAAAGCAGAACCGAUACUGAAAAAGAGCAAACAGCUUCUAAAGAGUGUGAGGAUGAAGAGGAGGAGAGGUCGAGCAGGACUCCACGCAGAGGAAGAUCCUCCAAAGCAUCUGAUGCUCCACAGAGAGAAGCAGGCUCUGCUUCACAGCCGAAGGAGGUGGAGCCAGCCGUGGAGGACGAGCCAAAAGAGCAAAACCGCAGGAGUCGCCGCUCCACAGCUCAGACCAGAGACACUCCUGCAGUGAAACCUGCACUGAAACGGAAGAGAUCAGACGAUCUUCCUGCUUCUGCUCCAGACUCGACAGCAGAGAUGAAGGAAGAACCAGAUCAAUCUGCCAAACAGAGAAAAGAUGAAGCGAGUCCGUCUGAAGAUCAGGACACCAUCAAAGCAAGUGAUGAAGAGGAGGAGAGGAAGGAUGAGGAAGAUGUGACAGAGGACCGGCAGCAGAAACCGACCCGCCGCGGACGACCCACCAAAACAUCCUCCGCCACAGACGACUCAGAUACGGGAGCAUCAGAGAAAAGAGACGGAGAAAAAGAUGAUGAUGAAGAAGAGACCAAAAGCAGAGCGACGACCCGCGCCGCGUCUCGUCUGGAGGCAGAGAAGAAUAAACCCAGCAAACCGUCCACUCGAGCUGUCAGUAAACUCAGCGGGAAAGAGGAGAACUCUCCAAACACACGAUCGGCGAGGGGACGCAAGCGUGACUCGAGUCCUGCUCUUCCUCGCACACGUGGAGGACAGAAAUCUGACGAGCCGCCUUCAAAAAGAGCCAAACGAUGAUGAGUCCCGGCUUGAUCUCCUCGAGGCCAUCGUUAGCAGUAGUUUGAAGGUCAGAGAGUGUUGGGAAAUGAAUCUGAAUCAGAGCAGUCCAGAAUCAACAUGAUGGAGAUCUGCAGACGAAUCAAGACUGAUGAAGAAGAGCUGCUGUGUGUGUAAACUCAUCCAAUUCAUCAGCGCCAGUGUUGACUAUGAGAAACUGUGUGUGUGUGUGUGUGUGUCAGAGAUGCUCAUUCUGUGAAUGUCAGUAUUUUUCAUUUUAUAUUUUUACCUUUUUAUUAUAAACCCCAAUAUUGCUCUGAUCCAAUCUGAGGUGUUUUUUAUAUGUUGUUUUGUGCAAGUUUUUUAUUUUAUGGUUCAGUUAUUACCUUCAUUGUUAAAAUGUAUAUAAAUCACCAGUAUAUGAGAAGUCUUUAAGGUUUUGGGGUUUAGUUGAACUGUUCUGGUGUCAAAGACAGUUGGUUUACCAGAGGAACCUUAAGAGACCGAGCCUGAUAAUCCAGACCGAUUAAUAAGUGUUUGAGAGUGUGUGUGUGUGUGUGUGUGUGUGUGUGUGUGUG